CUUGGCGUGUGACUUCUGCAGUUGAGCGGCGCAGAGCGCCUAGAGAGGUUUUUGGUCCAUAAAAUACCCAGAUCUUCGUGGUGCCUUCAGAGAUUGUCAGGGGAUUCAGCCAUCUGCCGUCUUGGAGAGUAAGCCAGCAAUGGCGGCCGCAAAAGCGGAGGACCUGUACCCCGUGUUUCUGGACUUUUUGGAGAAGGCCAAGCUGAAGAAGACGCUUAAAGCCUUGAAGACAGAGCUGAGUGCGCAGCCUGCUUCGAAGCUGCCGAAGCCAGAGGACGACCUCCUGGGGAUCUACAACUUUUACCUCGCAAGCAAGUCAGGGUCUGGCAAGAAGCGGAAAGCCACAGAGGUCCCCGCGCCAGCUGCAAAGCGCGCGAAAGCAGCCAAUGGGGUGGCGGUGCCUGCAAAGAAGGAUGAGGAAAGUUCAGAAGAGGAGUCCUCUUCUGAUGAGGAGGCGGCGCCGACAAAGCCGGCCGCUACAGCCAAGAAGCAACAAGCUCCUGCACCUCCGGUCGCCUCCUCUUCUGAGGAAGAGUCUUCGGACGAGGAAAUGACACCGGCGCAGCCCCUCACGAAAACGACUACUCAGAAAGCUGCUGCCAAGAACGCUACUCCUGCCAAGAGCGCACCUCCAGAGAAGAAAGCGGCACCGGCAAAGAAAGCCACGUCAGAGGAUGAGUCCUCGGAGGACGACUCGUCUGACGAGGAGAAUGAAAAGCCAGCAGCGAAACCGGCAGUGAAGACAGAAGCGGUAAAAGGGGCUGCGAAGGCGGAGGAAAGUUCUUCUGACGAGGAGUCGGAUCUGGAAGAGGAGGUAAAGCCAGUUGCGAAGAAAGUGGUUGCGAACGGGGGGGUAAAGCCUGGGGCAAAGAAGGGGGGGGCGGUGGAACCGAUGGACGUUUUGUCUUCCGGGGAGGAGAGCUCGGACGAGGACGAAGAACCUGUGGCAACACCGGUGAAGUCGGGAGUUGCCGCGAAACUGGGAGUUCCGAAGACUCCGGCAAAGCCAAAGACCCCGGCGAAUGCGGCUGCCAAAGAAGAUGAGUCGUCGUCUGAGGACGAGAGUUCGGAUGAGGAAGAAGAGCCUGUGAAGAAGCCGGAAGGGAAGAAAUCGGUUGAGGUGAAGAAGGAAGUUACGAAGGUGGUGGUAAAGAAAGACGAAGAGUCGUCGUCGGAAGAGGAGAGCUCGGAUGAGGAGGUUGAGCCUGUUCAAAAGCCAAAUGGAAAGACGGCCAAACCGGUGGCGAAAGCGGUUGCGAAGAAAGAGGAGUCGUCGUCCGAGGAGGAAAGCUCAGACGAGGAAGAGGAGACGGUGAAAAAGCUGGAAGCAAAGAAAGCGGAAGUGACGAAGACGGAAGUCAAGAAGACGCAAGUAACAAAGACGGAAGUGAAGAAAGAGGCGGCGAAACCUUCCGUUGAGGAGUCGUCUUCAGAGGAGGAGUCGUCCGACGAAGAAGACGAGCCUGCAAAGAAGGUGGCAGCGAAAACGCCGGCUGCAAAGAAAAAAGAAGCGAAAGCGGCGCCUGUAAAAGCACCGGUAAAAGAAGAUGAAUCGUCCUCUGAGGAGGAGAGCUCGGACGAAGAAGAGGAGAAGAGCACGCCGAAGGGGAAAAAGACAACGGCGGCGCUGGCGCCCGCAACGCCGAAGACGGCGCCGGUAAAGAAAACGGAAGUUGUGGAAGAGGAGCCUGAAGCGAAGGCCGCCUCAACGGGGAAGAAGAACGGGCGUCAUCCGACGGAGAACCGCUUCCAAAGAGUCAAGAUCGACGAGGUGAAGUUCAAGGACGACCGGUUGAAGAACAACUCGUACUGGGCCAAGAGUGGCGCGGAGCAGGGGUGGGGUGCCAAGGCUCAGGAGGUCCUCGGCCAAGUUCGCGGAAAGGACUUCCGACAUGAGAAGACCAAGAAAAAGCGCGGCUCGUACAAAGGGGGUCCGAUUGACUUCGCCAGCCACUCAAUCAAAUUCAGCGAUGAAGACGAAUAGGUUAUGAUUGCCCACAGGACUGACGAGAUUAUUAUUCUUGAGCACUCCUACAUCGAAAGACUUGUAAUGGUUUCGCUUGAAGCAGCGCAUUGUUUUUAGGAGCUGUCGACAUUGGUGUUGGUAGGAGCAUAUAAAAAAAUGCUGGUUUUUGAGCAAUGCUUUUUUGCGCAACCAGAUUGUUUCUCCAGAAAAAAACACAAGAGAAUUUUGAGGUUCUGC